AUGACUGUGAUCGACAAGCAAGAAGACGCCUCCGGCAGCCCGGUCGAGAACAGACACUACUACGGCAGAUCAACCAGUCCCGCCGACGAAUCGAACGACAAGUCUAAUAACCAAGUCUCUGAAGCUACCCCAGCCAUCACUGAGCCCGAGGUACCACCUCGAGACAUCAAUGGCUGGAAGUGGUAUUUGACACUGGCUUCUAUACUGGCUUCUACCUUCCUGUAUGCUCUCGACGCGACGGUGGUCGCCGAUCUUCAGCCCGUCAUCGUGCAGGAGCUCGGUGGCAUUGAGAAGUUGCCGUGGCUGAGUGUCGCCUUUUUGUUGAGUGCGACGGCCACCAAUCUGGUCUGGGGCCGCAUGUACGGCCACUUCACUGCCAAGUGGUUUUACAUCUUUCAUGUGACUAUUUUCGAGAUCGGCUCGGCCAUUUGCGGUGCGGCCCCGUCCAUAAAUGUCAUGAUUCUGGGGCGGGCUAUUGCUGGAAUAGGAGGCUCGGGGCUCUAUGUCGGCUGCAUGACGCUGAUCGCCACCACCACCACAAUCGCCGAGCGUCCAGUCUAUAUCUCCUGCACUGGCCUUACCUGGGGUCUUGGGAUAGUAUUGGGCCCUGUGAUUGGUGGUGCGUUUAGCGAGUCGUCCGUGGGAUGGCGAUGGGCUUUCUACAUCAACCUUUUCAUUGGGGCAGUGUGCGCACCCUUCUAUAUCUUCCUGAUUCCGAGUAAAGAUCCUCGCCCAGGCGCUUCAGUCAAGGAGCGCUUGUCCGAGCUCGACUAUCUUGGUAUCGUGCUACAAGCUGGCCUGCUGACAGCAUUGAUCCUUGGUAUUAAUAUGGGUGGCAUUAUAUAUCCGUGGAACUCGGGUAAAAUCAUCGCGAUGUUUGUCGUCUUCGGCGUGCUUUGGAUCCUGCCUGGCUUUCAGCAAGUAUGGACAGUUGGCACCACACUCCCGCGGCGUAUAAUUCCAGUUCAGUUCUUCAAAUCGCGCACUGUACUUCUUCUUUUUGGAGCCACUGCCGCAGGUGGCGCAUGCGCGUUCGUGCCAAUUUACAUGGUACCCUUAUUCUUCCAGUUCACCCGGGCGGAUGAGCCACUGGAUGCUGGUGUGCGUCUGCUCCCUUUUGUGGUGGUCAUGGUGGUAUUUGUCUUUGUCAAUGGCAAUUUGAUGGCUAGACUGGGGCACUAUAUGCCUUGGUUCCUAGUGGGCGGGUUGUUCACUGCAGCCGGUGCCGCCCUCAUGAAUACAGUUGGUCAGGUCACCUCCGAGUCCCGAGUGUACGGCUACACGGUAUUGCUUGGUGCUGGUGUUGGUAUGUUCCUCCAAGCAUCGUUCCCGGUCACCCAGGCCGUUGUGGCUGCGGAGAACAUUGCACCGGCGAUCGGUUUCAUCACUCUGGCGCAGUUCGUGGGUAUUACCAUCGCUCUGGCCAUCGCAAAUGCCAUUCUUCUGAAUUCUAGUCAGCAAAGAAUUCAACGAAUUCUACCUAAUGUGCCGGCAUCUGAGAUCCAACUCGCCAUCUUGGGUGCUCAUUCGGACCUUGUGCAGAACCUCUCGUUGGACUUGAAAACCCAAGUUCUGGACGCCAUUGUUGAUGCGAUCGCCGAAACGUAUAUUCUCGUCAUCGUAGGUGGAGCUCUUGUCGCCGUUUCAGGUUUGCUCAUGCGCCGCCAGAAACUCUUCGGCGCCGGCUCUGGAGUUGUGGUUGCCUGA